CGGGGCUUGAUCCCAGGACUCUGGGAUCAUGACCUGAGCUGAAGGCAGACGCUUAACGACUGAGCCACCCAGGCACCCCCAUUUUUUAUUUUCUUGAUGAAAUGGUAACUAGAUACCUAAUCAGAGUUUGUUUUUAUGUUGGGGCAGUUGGGAGGAAUUGAAUGAUGAUCCUAGUCACUUGUAUACUUCCAUGGUAAAACUAAGCUUUAUUUCAUUUAUCACUUGAUAUGUGCAUUAGGAAAACUUCAUAGUAGGGAAAAAUUAUGUUUACAUACAGAUAGAAAAUGUCUAAACUCAUCUCAUGAACAAAGGCUGACAAAGGAGGGUUGGGCUGAGAAACAGUAUCCUGAAAAUUAUGGAAAUGAGGAAAGGAGGUAGUGGGCACAGAGAACGUCCUGCUCAGAGAUCCCCAAAGAAUCCCUGUCCCCUCCCCCUACCUCCUGCCAGAAUGUUGAGUUUCAAAGAAUGAGCAGAUUAACGGAUAUCAGGAGUAGUGUGGCCUGGGCUGAGAAUAAGGAUAAUUUAGGCAAAUUAUGAGUUAUAGUAUUGUUUGAAUCAUUACAGUCCGCCUACGGGGCAUAUCUGUGAAGGUAAAGGGAACUUAGCCAAGGAACAUUAGAGCUUCUGCUGUUGGAAGAAGUCAUAUGGUAAGGGAACUACCAAAGGCCAAGAGCUAAUAGAAAUACAGCCCCAAAGUCUGUAUUACUCAAGAGCUGCACAGCAGCAACCCCUUAGGGAGCCAGCCUAGAUCUGGGGCUAAUACCUGACUCCCUGAGUCUCACCAUGCCAGGGAUAGCUGUUGCUGUGGGACAUAGGCCACGCAGCAUCAACUGAUUCACAAUGGCCAUGUCAAUGGUAGCCUCUUCGAGACACCCUGCCUUUACACUGCCUUCGCUAUGGAAAAACCAAGGGGCCUUGAAAGAGGGUAAGACAACGUUUCAGACUUGGGCUCGGCAAAAGAGGGACUUCAGGCUGGGACCAGUGCCAGAAUCUUCAUGUGUCAGGUUGGGGAUUGUGUUGCUGUUGGUGAUUUUCCUGCCAAGCAUGUACUGUGACCCUGGAUCUGUAUAUUACUCUUCUUAUGAAACAGUCAUCCCCAAGGGUCUGACAGUCAAGGGAAGGGAAGACCCAGGGGAAAAGGCAUCCUAUAUGCUAUUAAUGCAGGGCCAGAAACAGGUGAUUCACCUGAAGGUGAAGAGAGACUAUUUUGUGAAUAACUUCCCAGUCUUCAGCUACCACAAUGGUGUCCUGGGGCAAGAAACGCCUUUCAUCUCGCAUGACUGUCACUAUGAAGGCUACAUAGAAGGAGUCCCAGGUUCUUUUGUUUCCCUCAACACCUGUUCAGGCCUCAGGGGCAUCCUGAUUAAGGAGGGGAAACCCUAUGGCAUUGAGCCCAUGGACACUUCAAAACGGUUUGAACAUGUACUGUACACCAUGGCACACCAAGCUCGAGUCUCCUGUAGUGUCACCUCCAAAGGCAGCCAAGUGGUGUCCACCAGCCGGCAACAAGGGAGCAGGAAGCCUCGAAGUCUACAGGCACUGUCCUCCUUUUGGUCACACACCAAGUAUGUGGAGAUGUUUGUCGUGGUCAACAACCAGCGGUUCCAAAUGUGGGGCAGUAACGUCAAUGAGACAGUCCAGAGAGUAAUGGACAUCACUGCUCUGGCCAACAUCUUCAGUCGGGAAAUAAACACCGAGGUGGUGCUGGCUGGAAUGGAGAUUUGGACCGAGGGGGACCUCAUAGAAGUCCCAGCGGACUUGCGAGUUACACUCAGGAAUUUCAAUAGCUGGAGACAGGAGCAGCUCCUCCAUCGUGUGAAGCACGAUGUUGCCCACAUGAUCGUGGGACAUCAUCCUGAAGAGGACGUGGGACAGGCAUUUCUCAAUGGUGCCUGUUCAAGAGGCUUUGCAGCAGCUGUUGAAGCCUUCCAUCAUGAAGAUGUCCUCCUGUUUGCAGCGCUCAUGGUCCAUGAGCUUGGGCACAACUUGGGUAUUCAGCACGACCACUCGGCCUGCAUUUGUAAAGAUAAACGCUUUUGCCUCAUGCAUGAAAAUAUCACUAAAGACAGUGGCUUCAGCAACUGCAGCUCUGACCACUUCUAUCAGUUCCUGCGGGAACACAAAGGGGCCUGCCUAUUUAACAAGCCUCGGCCCAAAGGUCGCCUGCGUAGGCAAGCCACGUGUGGGAAUGGUGUGUUGGACUACAAUGAGGAGUGUGACUGUGGACCUGACUGUGGUAAUAACCCAUGCUGUGACCAAACAUGUAGGCUGAAGGAGCAUGCACAGUGUAGUGAUGGACUAUGCUGUUUUAAUUGCCAGUUGAGACAUAAGGGCUUCAUGUGUCGUUCUGCUUUUGGAGAGUGUGACCUCCCAGAGUAUUGUGAUGGUACUUCUAGAGAAUGCCCCAGAGACCACUAUAAGCAAGAUGGUACAUCGUGUGAUAUAAUUCACUAUUGUUUUAUGGGCCGGUGUAAGAACCCUGAUACUCAGUGCAUGGAUAUAUAUGGGUUCCCUGCAAGGUCAGCCCCAGAAAACUGUUAUAUUUCUAUGAACACCAAAGGGACCCGGUUUGGAAACUGUGGCUUUGGGGCCUCACCUAGUUCAAAAUAUGUUAAGUGUUUUGAUGAGAAUAUAUUUUGUGGGAAACUUGUAUGUACAAAUAUUAGACAGAUACCAGCAAUCAAACACCACCAUACAUUGAUCCAGGUCCCUCAUGAAAAAGACUUCUGCUGGAGCAUGGAUGCCUAUAAUGAUACUGAUAUCCCUGAUGACGGAGAUGUGGACACUGGCACCCUUUGUGCCCCACACAAAGUCUGCGUGAAUUACUCCUGCAUUGAUCGUGCUGUGUUCAAGUAUGACUGUGAACCAAAAGAAAUGUGUAAUGGGAGAGGAGUUUGCAAUGAUUUAAGGCACUGCCAUUGUGAGGAGGGCUAUGCCCCCCCUGACUGCAAAGCUCCAGGAAAUGGGGGUAGUGUGGACAGUGGUGCCCCCGGCAAAUCACCUAAUGAAAAUCUAAGUGCAGGAGGAAGUGGCAUUAUUACUAAACGUAAGAAUGAAAUGGACAUUAUUGGCAAGGCAAUUUUCAUACUCCCCGCAUUUCUUUUACUAUUAUUGUUGAUUUUAAUACUUGCCAUUAGCCUUAGGGCUGGAAUUGAGUCAAUAGAGACGCCAGGAGGCUCCUCAGAGGAGACCUCAGAGACCACAGAGACUACUGAGGACACACAGGACUUAGGAAAUAAACCCGCGGAUAUUUCAGAGAUGGGUCCAGAGGAGACUCCAAAGGAAGCCCCCCAACCACAGGAGGAGCCCCCACCGCUGGAGGCCCCUCCACCGCAGGAGGAGCCGCUACCCCAGGAGGCUCCUCAACCACAGCAGGCCCCUCAACAACCGGAAGCCCCACCCUCCGAGGCCCCCCCGCCCCCCGAGGCCCCCCCGGCCCCGGAGGCCCCCCCGGCCCCGGAGGCCCCCCCGCCCCCGGAGGCCCCACCGCCCGCGGAGGCCCCACCACCAGAAGUCCCAGGAGCGCCUGCACCAUAAGAGGUAGCAGGUGAAGGACUAAGGAGUAACCGAAGGCAGAAGAAUAGUGGAGAAGAAGCCAAAUACAUCAAAUACCUCAAGCACUGAGUGGGAAUGAGAGGCUCAUAGAGGCAAAGGUGAAGUGAGAAAUGAUGGAUCCAGUGGCUCUAAAUGGACUAUGUAGUCUAGAGAAACAUAGUAAUCUGGGAGGAGGAAACCAGCUUUCAAUAUUUACUUUAGCAAUUUGGUUAUACAUCGAUACAUGAAAUCAUAUACAAAAUAUUCUGUAGUAUUGCCUUUGCCCAUUUCAUGAAAAAAUUUUAUUUAAGGUCUUCUCAUGGAUCAUUGCAUCAAUAUCCUGUAUCACUUGGUUCAAUUUCUGAGCUAAAAUGAUCUGUCAGGGAAUACCAUCUUCCAUCUACCUCGUUUCACCCAAUUGUAUUAUCUGUAUCUAUAUUAUUACUAUCCUGGGAUUAUUCACACAAGUCACAUCAAUGCAUUAUUUUAGGAACGAUAUCUACUGAGUACUCUAAUUUACCAUGACAGUUUCCGUUCAUGAAACAGAGGUAAUUUAAAUUAAAUAAAGGCAAUUUUUGGA